UUAAUUGUUGUCUGUCACAGUUUCCCAGCAUAAUUACACGGGUUGAAUGGCAGUCAGCUCUGUGGAUUUAUGUUGCUCUUUGUGACSAUUUGGGCUUCUUGUUUUGCAGGAAGAUACCAUAAUUAUGAUUUCAARUGGGUAAGAGGAGAGAAUGUGGAGGGAGCAUGUCAGGCUGACUUUCUGAAAAUAGGUACUUUAAUUCUAGUAUAAKGGCUACGUGUUUUGUUUUGUGACAUCUUGGAUUUCUAUUAUUUCCAACUAAGCACAUUCCAAAGUUUUGUGGUAACCUUCUAGUACAAAAAUAAUGAGAGGUUGCGGARCUGUGGGUGUUCAUUGGCAUUUUACUCUGUUAUGGUGGUGGCAAUAAUUCCUGAGGGUACUUUUAAGAUACUGGAGGUGAGGAGAGAGAGGUUUCUUCAGCUGUUGUGGGUAGAGAUGUGUGCUGAUUAUGUGUUUGCUGGCUUUUUCUCUAAGUAAAUUAAACUGCUCAAGUGCUCCACAGGUGUGCAGGCUCCUGGACCUCUCCUUGUCUUCUACACUGGGAAAGCAGAGCAAGAUAUCUGUUAGGGAUGAGUGUGAGCAAACCCAGGAAUACAUAAUCCGUGUCCAGAGAGGAGUUUCAACAGAAAACAGYUGGCAGAUUGUGAGGCGAUAUAGUGACUUUGACUUACUGAAUAACAGCCUGCAGAUCUCAACUCUAAGUCUACCUCUUCCUCCAAAAAAAUUGAUUGGAAAUAUGGAGCGUGAAUUCAUUGCUGAAAGACAGAAGGGACUUCARGCCUACCUGGAUGUAAUUACUACCCAUCACAUAUUGUCUAACUGUGAACUGGUAAAGAAAUUCUUGGACCCAAACAGCUAUUCUGUAAACUACACUGAAAUUGCCUUACAGCAUGUUUCAAUGUUCUUCCGAUCAGAGCCAAAGUGGGAAGUAGUAGAACCAUUAAAAGAUAUAGGCUGGCGAAUACGUAAGAAAUAUUUCUUAAUGAAAAUUAAGAAUCAACCAAAGGAACGGCUAGUGUUAAGCUGGGCUGAUCUUGGCCCUGAUAAGUACUUGUCUGACAGAGACUUACAGUAUGCUGUGAAACUUCUUUCUUCCUGUUCUCAUCCCUAUAUUUACAAAAUCACUUUUGCCACUGCCAACGAAUCAUCAGCRCUGGUUAUUAGACCAUUCAGUGAAAAAGGGACACUAAAGGACCUUAUUUAUAAGGCAAAGCCAAAAGACCCRUUCCUGAAAAAGUAUUGCAAUCCUAAAAAAAUUCAAGGUCUUGAACUUCAGCAAAUAAAAACAUAUGGAAGGCAAAUAUUAGAGGUAUUAAAGUUCUUGCAUGAGAAAGGAUUUCCUUAUGGCCAUCUUCACUCUGCCAAUGUGAUGUUGGAUGGGGAUACCUGCAAAUUACUGGAUCUAGAAAAUUCCUUGUUGGGACUUCCAUCAUUUUAUCGGUCGUACUUUUCACAGUUUCGGAAAAUUAAUACUUUAGAGGGYGUUGAYGUUCAUUGCUUUGGACAUUUAYUGUAUGAAAUGACCUACGGAAGACCCCCAGACACGAUUCCAGUGGAGAGCUUCCCCCCUGCUCCAUCAGUGUUUGUUGUGUCCGUGUUGGAGUCCAUUCUGACUUGUGAAGCUCUGAAGAAUGGGAUGCCAACUGUCUCACGGCUCUUACAGAUGCCAUUAUUCAGUGACGUCCUGCUAACAAACUCUGAGAAACCACAGUUUAAGAUUCCUACUAAGCUAAAAGAGGCAUUGAAAAUCUCCAAGGAAUGCAUAGAAAAGCGAUUAACAGAAGAACAGAAAUCGAUUCACCAGCACAGAAGGCUGACAAGAGCUCAAUCUCAUCAUGGCUCUGAAGAAGAAAAAAAGAAAAGGAAGAUCUUGGCACGAAAAAAGUCAAAACGCUCUGCCAAUGAAAGUGGGGAAGAACACUCAGCCAAAUACAGCAACUCAAAUAACUCAGGCUCUGGGGCGAGUUCCCCUUUAACAUCUCCAUCAUCCCCCACUCCGCCCUCCACAGCAGGAGCAUCGUCCAUACCCCCAGCACCGCCCCCGCCGCCCCUGCCACCAGCAGCUCCUCCCCCGAGCUCAGAGGUGCCGACGCCGCGGCCCGAGGUCAGCGCAAGCCGAGGAGCCUUGCUCAGCUCCAUUCAAAACUUUCAAAAAGGAACUCUGAAGAAAACACAGACGUGCGACUACAGUGCUCCCAGGAUAAGCUGAGGCCACUGGUCACUCCAGGAUUCAAUUCCCUCUCCCCCUCCUGUGCUGACCCUCCUGACCAGCAACUCACCCACCAGCAGAGCAGCAGCAGCUUCGUUCUCCCCGGUUUCAGCUUUCCUCCAGUAGCAGCACUCACUGCCCUGCCCGAAUUGCUCUGCCAUGCUGGGAUAAGUACUCCGAUCUUGGCUGCAAGAACUGUUCUCUAGCUACAGUUUCAGGGGUACAGCAACUUCUAUAUAGCUGAAUAAAAAAAAAUUCUGAAAAUAGGAAUGAUGAUGAUGGUGAAUGAAUGCAUUUUUUUCCUUGCUCCAUUCCACCUUUUUUUUUUUUUUUAAAUUACAGGAAAGUAGCUUGUCUGCUCAGUUUCUCAACUCUUCACGCACUCGUAAUCUAUCUUAAUUCUUGCUGCAUGGAGUCAAAAAGUUUGUUUUACAUAAWCCUACCCUUAAAGCAUACUGCACAGGUGAGGGAACUGGAGAAUUWAAUCUUAUUCCCACCACAUUUGCUGGUGGAGUUAAAAUGCUGUCUCAUUAAGCUUGUUUAAAUGGACAUCCUACCUGCAACUCUAGGGGAAAGUGUUUUUAAAUGAGGGAGCAGUUGAAGUGGGAGGUAAUAGGGCACUGGGAUGUUAUUGUUGAUUUAGUUAAAUACAAAGUUACUUCAAAUUAAUUCUACCGUUUAAACUUUAUUGAAAGAUCUUUUUUGAUUUAAAACCUUAAACAAAUUGCACUUUAAAGGAUUAUAGAUAAUCCAUUUUUUUAAAUUCAAGUACAUCAGUGUUUGUUACUAUGCAGAGAAUGUCUGUACAAAGUUUCAUGUAACCUGUGAUAUUCAGUCAUUUUUAUUAAAAUGCUAAUGGAAUUCCUUCA